UAUGAUGACCAAUACGGUUCGUUUUUACUGCCAGGUGCGAAGGCCGCCCGGCGUUUCCAAGACAACAACUCACAAACAAAUGAACGUGCAGGGUUUCCACACAUUGUUUGGUUAGCAAAAACAUGUUAAUCUAACAAUCGACGAAGACACUUGCAGCAAACCUGAAAAAUGUCGUCCACGAGGCAGCGGCGCAACAUUUCUCACAGUCACCAUCAGAGGAUGAUCCUGGAGAACCGCAGACAGGAGGAAAUUCGUGAAGAUCAGGGCAAACGUGUGGCCAAAGAACGGCAGCUUCAGGCUAACCUCCAAUGCGAAGAGAGAGUGGAAAAAAAGCGCUUCCUCCGCAGACUGCAGGAUGAAGAGUAUGGAAAACACCUCGAGGAGACACUUCGUAAAGCAGAGGAGGACCGAGAGUUUAGAGAGAGGCAGCUUGAACAGGAAGAGAGAAUGGCUAAGGAGAUGGCGAGAAUUCAUGACGAGAAACUCCGAGAUGAAAAGAUGAGGCAGUACAUUAAAGAGAACAGUUCUGAGCUUCGAGAGCUAGAGUUAAAGCUGAAGUCGGCCUACUUGAACAGAGAACGGGCAGCACAGGUAGCAGAAAAGCAGGCCAUGCGAUAUGAAGCAACGAGACAAGAAGCUGCUAUCGCCCGUAAAAUAAAGGACGAGCUGGAGCGGGCACAGAUAGAGAAUGAGAAACAAGAGCAGAAGAGGUAUGAAGAGGUGGUGCGAUACCAACAAGAUCUUGAGCAACAGCUUGAGGAGAAGGAGCGCAAGAGCCUGGAGGCGUAUGAGGAGUUCAUCAAAGAGAAACUCCUAGUGGAUGAAAUAGUUCGGAAGAUCUACGAGGAGGAUCAAAUGGAGCGCCAGUUACAACUUGAGAAGGUUACAGCCACUCAGCGGUACAUUGAAGAUUUUAAGAUGCAGCAAGUGGAGUGGAGACGUAUGGAGCGAGAGAGGAUGGAGGCCGAGAACAGGCGCAUCCUUGAAUAUGCUCACUACCAGCAGAGAAGGGAGGAGGACAGGAUGGAGAAAGUUAGAGAGCGAGAGCAGGCGAAAGAGACCCUGCACAAAAUGCUUUCAGAGCAGAUUGAUAUGGAAAGAAGACAGCGAGAAGAGAUGGAGCGUGUCCGUGAGGAACUCGGUUUGGAAGAGCAGGCUGAGGCUGCAAGACAAAAAGAAAUCGAAGAGAUGGAGAAGAGGAUCCGGCAGCGCCUGGAGCUGCAACAGACGCGCCAGGAGAUGAUGGCCUUCAAGCAGAUGCGCAAACAAGCUGAGAAAGAGGAAGAGGAGGCCUUCAGAAGCAUGAUGAUGGCCAAGUUUGCAGAGGAUGACCGCAUUGAGCAGAUGAACGCCCAGAAGCGUCGUAUGAAACAUUUAGAACACAAAAGGGCUGUGGAGAAGCUGCUAGAAGACAGGAGACAGCAGUACCUUGCUGAUAAAGAGAGAGAGGCAGAGGAGAGAGCAAUGGAGCAGGAGAGAGAAGCUCAACGUAGACACAUCAUUGAAGAGGAAAGACAGAGGCUCCUAAAACAGCAUGCUACCAAACUGCUGGGAUACUUACCUAAGGGUAUUUUCAAGGAGGAUGAUCUGAAGCACUUUGAUGAGGAUUUCAGAAACAAUUUCAAACAACAACAGGCCGACAUCUUUUCAGAUGAGGGUUGGGGGGAAGAUUAGCUGUGACAGUUUUUGUCAUGAACACCACAUUAUUUUUCUUUGAGGUCUUAAGUGCUUAGUGCUGGGAUUUUUAAGUUGCUAAAUGCUGUUACUGUAUAUUUUAUUCCACAAACUAUUAGAAAUGGCCAAUGGCAAUGGAUUUUAUCAGACAAAAAAGUUUUUCUUUAUUUUGCUUAAUGACAAAGCUUGAUUGACAUAAAAAAUACUACCUAUAAUAGUAUACAGUGUGUUUUUUUAGUAUACAGACAUGUUCACAUACAUGUCUGCCUAUGCAGUAGGUGUUUAUAUUGGAUAACAUAGAAUACACUCUUCCCUGAGCUGUUUUAUUUUAGACACAAACCAUGUUUUCCAUAAAGCAAUCCCUUUUCUCAAGGAAACAUGAGCAGUUGCUUUCCUUUGAGUGAUUUCAUUGCUUCAUUACAAACUACUGGAUAUGGGCUGGGAAAUGGUUGCCAGCAGGCAGUAUAUCAUACCAUCAAGAAUCUAAUCAGAUAUGACUGCUCCUGCAGUCAAGCCCUUCACUGUCUCAGCAGCUGUCAGUCAUUCCCUUAUUAGUAAGUCCAGAACAUGUCUAUCUGCUGCUAAAAUGUUUCUGAAAGAUUUUCAAAAUGUCAAGCCUCUUUUUAACUCUACUACUCUAUAUAAGUGCAUUACACUUCAGUUGUUUUUUUAAUAAACAUGUAAUGAAUUUCCAUGGAAAGGUCAAUAAACUCUGCUGACCCUGCUGAUUUUAACACUGCAGCGUCAGCAUCACAGGAAAUUCUUGACUUCCUAUUCUAGUCCUGAUGGCCUCAGUCUUAUUGGAUCACAUGAGUCUCUUACGUAGAAGGCCGACAAUAGGAGCUGUUUUGCUUGGCCCAUUACAUAUUCCAUUCUCCUAAUGAGAUUAUAGAAACGACAUUGAGCCUUUGAGAGAUAUAAUGUUACGAUUUGAAUGGUCAGUAAACCUUUUUAUGUGUCUUGCAGCUCAUUUCCUGUGUCAUACAGCAUCAGUGUUUAAUGUCAAUAGAAGCAUAAUGCCUAGCUAACACUGCUAAUCAGUCAGUAACACGCUAUGGUAUGUGAUGCAGUACAUUGGUGGGAAACGCUGAAAAGCUUUUUUUAUUUUGUCUGAUUAUUUUGAAUGAGCAUGAGACAAAAAGUUACGUUCAGCUACUUAUCUAUGGUUUGCUCUGGUUCAUUGGCCAUAUUUGGAGAUCCUGUGUUUGAAUGGAAGUGUACUGUAGUGCGGUUUCAGUGCCAGGAAGUGCUUUUGAUUUCCAGGAUUGUGAAAAGGUAAUCAUAUAACCCAUGCAUUUGGUCUGUUUGGCAUCUGUACAGAAUAAGUGUUUACCAGAUGCACAUGCUAAUGCACAUGUUUAUGCCGGGUCCCAUUUGGGCAUUAGGUG